GACCAAAACUUCUUCAAUCAUGAAAUUAGAAACUAGUAUGACACAAUCACCUAUUGGAAAUUCAAGAAGGCGCGGCGACGAUGGAGAUUUUAACCUUAGAGAAUGGACUCUUAAGGCCAAAAUUAGAAGAGAAAAUACAAAUUCAAGAAGAUUUUCAGCUUCUUAUAUUAGAAGUUUUAGAGAAGAUGCAAAAUCUUUUAGAUCAAAUAUUUCCAUUUCUAGUACUGCUUCUUCCCCUGGCCACAUCACCUUAAGAGAUGAAAUUGACCCAUCAACUUAUUCUUUUACCACUGCCCUUAAAGCAUUGCAGGCAAAAACAACAUAUAGUUGGGAAUACAUGUCACCAGAUGGAUUGGCUUUAAACUCGAAGUGGAAUGAAGCUGAGAAAUAUAUAUGCAAUCCUUUAUCAGGGGAAGUUCCAUUAGAAUGUUUAUCUGCAAAAACACUAAGUGGGAGAUCGUUUCGACAAUUAACCAUGUCUGCACCUUUGAUUUAUCCUUCACAAUAUCAGACUAAACAAUUCCGUCCAAAACCUCCUACAAAAGUAGUACCUCAUUUGCCUCCACAUGAACUACAAAUCCAAAUUCCAACCAAAGAGAAGGUUAGCAUUACAAGAGAUGUGGGAACACAGAGUAGUACUCCAGGCAAUUACUUAAGUUCAAAGAGUCCAAGUCCUGCUCGUACUCCAUCCAUUGAGGAAAGAUCAACAAAACGUUGUGUAGCUGAUGAUUCACCUAUGACUACUCCUGAAAUCAAAUCUCAGGAAAAGGUGGAAGUGAAAGAAACAAGAGGGAAAGAAGACGCAAAAAGAAAUGAGGAACAGCUGGAGCUGGAAGGUGAGAGAAAUAAUAAUAAUAAUAAUAAUAAUAAGCAGGAGCAGAAGAGUACUAAAUGCAGCAGGCAAGGAUGCUUGUCAUGGAGGCCAAGAUUGUGCAUGAGACAAAAGCAGAAAGAGAAAAAACAUAGUAAAUCAAUAAAGAAGAAGAAGAAGAACAUCUUUCUUUGCCAUGAUAUAAAUGGAUGCUAAAUCAAUAUUACUUGUCUCUUCUCUAUAUAUUUCUCUCUUCUUUCUUAGAAGAUAGUACAACAAAAUCUAGCUAUGAGAGAAAUUAAAGUGCAAUCAUGAAGAAUGCCAUCAGAACUGAAUAUAUAUACUCCAUAUGUUCUCUAAAGAUUCUUUUGCCUUCUAGUUAUAGCUAUAUAUGUACUUUUCCU